AGCGUUGGUCGAGCAGAACAGCGACUGCGCAGGAACCAGAUACCGGCUGGAUAUUCUCUCAGGGUCUGAACACAGGCCUGUGCGUGCCCUGUUGGGGAAGUCGAGGCAGGGAUUGAACCCUCACCUUUCAGAUCCCUUCUUACCACAAAAUGGGCAGAGAGAAGCGAAAUAAGAGGAGCUAAGAAGCCGGUCUCAGGCCUUUGCACGCCCCAGACUGCAAACUUGACCUUUCUUUUCGUUUCUAUAUCCCCCACUUCUCACCCUCCCCAAGUAAGUGACACCGCCAACCGCCCUCAAUUUUCGUGCAUUUUUUUUGGGGGGGUGGUCUUUUUCAAACUCUGUGAGAUACAUGGAAAGCUCUGGCCCUGCCACGCCUGAGUUGGAAACCCUUGUGUUGAAGUUGUGUGGGGAAAAAACAGCGAAGUUUUGCUGAAGGGAGAUAACCCCCGACUCCGUCGCCACCUGAGAGGACCUACAUUCCUGGACUCAUAGUGGGCACCGAAUAAACUGCUGAGGGGUGAAGGAGAGAGCAAGAUGUCGGCUGACUGGACUUGAGCCUCAGCAAUAGAUCAAAGAGCAUGUCUGACAAGGACGAAAAUCUACGGGCCUGGUGGGACUUUGCUCUGGGUUUUGGCCACUUGGCCUGCUCAGCACCCUGGCAACUGCACACGUGUUGAGCACAGGAGCGGGCAGUGGGCAGGCUGUGGGCAGACUGCUGGGCCCAGACCCGCCUGCGGCGACUUACCCUGCCCUGCAGAGAAAGAGUGCAGCUGGCACUUUGAGGAGCUGAGCCGCAGGCUGCCCUUGCGGAACAACGAUGGAGAAGGAAGAUCAGGAGAAGAAGGAAGGGAAGUUGACCCUGGUGCUGGCCCUCGCAACAUUGAUAGCUGCCUUCGGUUCAUCUUUCCAAUAUGGGUACAACGUGUCUGUUGUCAACUCACCAUCAGAGUUCAUGCAACAAUUUUACAACAACACCUACAACGAAAGAACCGGGGAGUCUCUUGAUUCCUUCACCCUGACGCUGCUGUGGUCCGUGACGGUGUCCAUGUACCCCUUUGGGGGCUUCCUGGGCUCUCUCCUGGUUGGACUCUUGGUGGAUAAAUUGGGCAGGAAAGGGGCUCUGCUCUUCAACAAUAUAUUCUCCAUCGUGCCAGCCAUCCUAAUGGGGUGCAGCAAAGUUGCCAAAACCUAUGAGCUUAUCAUUGCUUCCAGACUUCUGGUUGGAAUAUGUGCAGGUGUAUCUUCCAAUGUGGUCCCUAUGUACUUAGGGGAACUGGCCCCUAAAAACCUGCGCGGGGCUCUUGGGGUGGUGCCCCAGCUCUUCAUCACCAUCGGCAUCCUUGUGGCCCAGCUGUUUGGCUUUCGGGAUCUCUUGGCCAAUGAGGAAGGCUGGCCGAUCCUCCUGGGGCUGACUGGGGUGCCUGCAGCCUUGCAGCUCAUCCUCCUGCCCUUCUUCCCUGAGAGCCCGCGCUACCUGCUGAUUCAGAAGAAAGACGAAUCCGCCGCCGAGAAAGCCCUGCAGAGGCUUCGAGGUUGGAAAGACGUGCAGUGGGAAAUAGAGGAGAUCCGGAAGGAGGACGAGGCUGAGAAGGCCGCGGGCUUCGUCUCUGUGUGGAAGUUGUUCAAGAUGCGGUCCCUGCGCUGGCAGCUCAUCUCCAUCAUUGCCCUCAUGGCCGGCCAACAGCUGUCGGGAGUGAACGCGAUCUACUACUACGCUGAUGAGAUCUACCUCAGCGCAGGUGUGAAAAGCAACGACGUCCAGUUUGUGACAGCGGGGACAGGGGCAGUCAAUGUGUUCAUGACCAUUGUCACGGUAUUUGUGGUAGAGCUUUGGGGACGGCGGCUUCUGCUCCUCCUCGGCUUCUCUACCUGCCUCACCGCCUGUAUCGUGCUGACGGUCGCACUGGCCCUGCAGAACACCGUCACCUGGAUGCCUUAUGUCAGCAUCGUCUGCAUCAUCGGCUACGUCAUCGGACAUGCCCUGGGGCCCAGUCCCAUCCCUGCCCUGCUGGUCACUGAGAUCUUCCUACAGUCCUCCAGGCCUGCCGCCUACAUGAUCGGGGGCAGCGUCCACUGGCUCUCCAACUUCGCCGUGGGGCUCAUCUUCCCAUUCAUUCAAGUGGGUCUCGGCGCCUACAGCUUCAUCAUCUUCGCGGUCAUCUGUCUCCUCACCACCAUCUACAUCUUCAUGGUCAUCCCGGAGACCAAGGGCAAGUCGUUCAUUGAGAUCAACCAGAUUUUCGCCAAGAAGAACAAGGUGUCGGACGUCUACCCAGAGAAGGAGGAACUCCAAGACCUCCCACCUGCCAUGCUUUAGUAGCCCCUGAGCCAACAGAGUCGGUCUGCGCGGACCUGUCUCCUGGACUUUGGUUCUGGCUUCUUGUUGUCUGUGACCUUGGAAGUGAGACGAGCCUGGCAGGGAAUGCCAGCCCCGCCACCAGCCUCCAGCCAGGGGACAUCUGACCUCGCUCUCCUUCUGUGCUCUUCUGAUGCCUCUAAGCAUGGAGGCCGGUCACCCUCAACGCCAUCCCUCACCUUUGCUGAGCUGACUGUGGUGGGGGUCCUGUAACAUAGCCUUUCUAACAAAAACAGAUGUGAGGGUCACGUUAUACCAGCAAAGGCGACGCUUCUGUGGCCCCCAUGUACCUCGUGGGGGUCUCUGGCCUUUGCUUGGGAGUGAAGUCGUCCUCUCUCCUGACCCAGCAUUGUCACUGAGCUCGGGAAGAGACCAGGGGAAGACACUCACUGAGCAUGAGUUAUUAACUAUAAAUGAUAGUAUUUGUGGAACAUGGUGUCAUCUCCAUAUAGCCAAUAAAACACAUCUGAUCACUUUUCA